AUGCUUAAAUUCUACGCCCGUUUCGAAAUCAGUGAUGAAACCGGGGAUCCCUUGACAGAUCGAGAUAUGGCUUUGGAGCAUUAUUCAAGAAUAACUUCAUUACAGAAAGCUGCGUUUUCUAAAUUUCCAGACUUAAGAUUAUUUGCCUUAGCGAACGUUGCAAGUGUUGAUACAAGAGAAUCAUUGCAAAAACAUUUUGGAAACCUCAGUGACAAAGCAUUGCGGGCUAUCGCAACAUAUCUAAACCUCGUACCACCUGAAGGCAAAGAGGAAGAAGCACCAUGGCAUCGACUUGAUAAAGGUUUCUUAAAGGAACUCUUGAUAUCUCGCCAUGAACGUCGAAUAUCACAGUUGGAAGAGUUGAACUCAAUGCCUCUUUAUCCAACAGAAGAUAUAAUCUGGGACGAGAACGUGGUUCCCACUGAAAUAUACAGCGGAGAGAACUGCCUUGCGUUGCCAAAACUUAAUCUACAGUUUUUAACAUUGCACGAUUAUUUACUGAGAAAUUUUAACUUGUUUCGUUUGGAGAGUACAUAUGAAAUUCGCCAAGAUAUUGAAGAUGCUGUUUACCGGCUGGCGCCGUGGCGUGCAGAAGACGAUAGUGUAUACUUCGGUGGCUGGGCUCGAAUGGCACAUCCAAUACAAAGUUUCGCUGUCGUUGAAGUGGCAAAGCCUAAUAUAGGAGAGAAAGCACCUUCAAGAGUUCGAGCUGAUGUGAGCGUCACAUUGAGUGUAAGGAACGAGAUCAAACAGGAAUGGGAAAGUUUAAGGAAACACGAUGUCUGCUUUUUGAUAACAGUACGACCAACCCAAGGAAUAGGAACAAAAUAUGAUUACAAGAGAAGUAUGGUAGAGCAAGCGGGGAUUGUGUAUGUACGAGGAUGCGAAGUUGAGGGCAUGUUGGAUGCAUCAGGGCGAGUUAUUGAAGAAGGCCCAGAGCCGCGACCAGAACUAGAUGGAGAUUCUAGAACCUUCAGACUGCUUCUAGAUCCAAACCAGUACAGAUUAGAUUUGGAUCAAGCUAGUAAAGGAAAAGAAGAUGUAUACGAAACUUUUAAUAUUGUUAUGCGUCGAAAACCCAAAGAGAAUAACUUCAAAGCUGUCUUAGAAACUAUUAGGGAACUGAUGAAUACAGAGUGUGUGGUACCAGAGUGGCUGCAUGACAUCGUGUUGGGAUAUGGUGACCCAGGUCAAGCACACUACACCAGAAUGCCAAAUGAAAUCCCCACCCUGGAUUUUAACGACACGUUCCUGGACAUGGAACACCUACGCAACAGUUUCCCGGGAUAUGAGAUAAAAGUGAAAACUGAUGAUCCGAGGAAAUUAAUACGACCUUUCAAGUUAACCUUCGAAAACGUUGUGCGCAAACAAGAACUAGGAGAAAACGCUAUGGAGGAAGAUGAACCACGCAAAGUGAUUACAGUACAGCCGCACGUGCAGCCGAAAAGGGGACCGUACCUUUACAAUGAGCCUAAAAAAAACAAUAUUUUGUUCACACCAACCCAAGUGGAAGCGAUACGAUCCGGAAUGCAGCCUGGACUUACACUCGUAGUGGGACCACCAGGAACAGGUAAAACCGAUGUAGCAGUCCAAAUAAUAUCGAACUUGUACCACAAUUUCCCGUGGCAACGUACAUUGGUAGUGACGCACAGUAACCAGGCCCUCAACCAGCUGUUCGAGAAAGUGGCAGAGUUGGACGUGGAUGAACGACAUCUUCUACGUCUUGGACAUGGAGAAGAAUCUCUACAGACUGACAAAGACUUCUCAAGAUACGGGCGAGUGAACUACGUGCUGUCGAAGCGGCUGGAGCUGCUGGAGCACGUGGCGCGGCUGCAGCGCGCGCUGGGCGCGGGCGGCGACGCGGGCGCCACGUGCGAGCUCGCGCACCACUUCCACGUGUACCAUGUGCGGCCGCGCUGGCGGACCUUCACACGCACCUGCGAAAAGGACCAGAAAAAGUCUAUAGAAACCAUCAGUAAGGAGUUUCCUUUCCACGAAUUUUUCGAGGAUGCUCCUAAGCCGCUGUUCCCUGGGAAGUCGUAUGAAGAGGACAUGGAAAUCGCAAAGAGUUGUUACAGAUACAUAGAUCACAUUUUCGAAGAGUUAGAAGAGUUCCGUGCCUUCGAAUUGUUGCGGUCUGGUCUGGACCGCUCCAAGUACCUUUUGGUCAAGGAGGCAAAGAUCAUCGCCAUGACGUGUACACACGCAGCCCUAAAACGCUCUGAGCUUGUGGAAAUGGGUUUCAAAUACGACAACAUACUAAUGGAAGAGUCGGCACAAAUCUUAGAAAUUGAGACUUUCAUACCACUCCUGCUCCAAAACCCUCAAGAUGGGAGGUCUCGUCUCAAACGCUGGAUCAUGAUUGGUGACCACCAUCAGCUCCCUCCCGUGGUGAAGAACAUGGCCUUCCAGAAAUACUGUAACAUGGAACAGAGUCUCUUCACCCGCAUGGUGAGGCUCGGGGUGCCGUACGUUGAAUUAGAUGCUCAAGGACGAGCGAGGCCUAGCAUCUGCAACCUGUACCGGUGGAGGUACCGCAACCUAGGCGACCUGGCGCACGUGUGCUCGCAGCCCGAGUACCGCGCGGCCAACGCCGGCCUGCGCUAUGACUUCCAGCUGAUCAACGUCGACGACUUCAAUGGCGCCGGCGAAACUGAACCCAGCCCUUACUUCUAUCAGAAUUUAGCCGAGGCCGAGUAUGUAGUGGCAGUGUUCAUGUACAUGAGGCUAAUAGGGUGGCCCGCAGAGAAGAUCUCAAUACUGACCACAUACAAUGGGCAAAAGCACCUCAUCCGUGACGUCAUCGCCAAAAGAUGCGCCGACAACCCGCUUAUUGGAUAUCCACAUAAGGUGGCCACAGUGGACAAGUACCAGGGUCAACAGAAUGAUGUGGCGCUGAUCUCCCUGGUGCGGACCAAGGCGGUGGGACACGUGCGCGACCUGCGCCGCCUCAUAGUGGCCGCGUCCCGUGCUCGCCUCGGACUCUAUAUAUUCGCGAGAGCUAACCUCUUCAAGAACUGCUUUGAAUUACAGCCCACUUUUAAUCAGCUAACCGAGCGGUCGCUGGAGCUGGAGCUGGUGCCGGGCGAGCGCUACCCGGCGCAGCGCGGCGCGGCGGCGGCGGCGGCAAGCCUGCGCGUGCGCGACAUGCCGCACAUGGCGCGCUACGUGUACGACAUGUACGUGGACAUCGUGCGGCGCGCCGGAGACCAGAAGAGCAAGAGCACGUGGAGCGCGCCGGGCACGUUCGUGCACAAGGAGCCGCAGCACUUCGUGCCGGCGCACCCCGGCGCCGCGCACGAUAGCGACGACGAAGACUUCCAGCCCACCGAGAUCGUCAACGAAGUGGAGGAACCUGACCAA